GGUCUAAGUGGUUCAUUUAUUAUUAUUAUAUUUUAUUAAAGACACUUUACCAUAUAAGUUGGCAUUCGUGUCCAACGUGGUUUAUGAACAGCCCCUAGGUAACCAAUAAGAAUUAAAACAAGCUGUGUUGAAGAAUUUAAUCACAUUCCAUCUGCUUACUGGUAGCAGUUUGACUGCAAAACUGUCAUAAAUUAGCAACUAAACAGCUAGUUAAAAUUUGACAGUAGUUGCGUAGCCUUUUCUAGUCUGUAAACAAAAAAAUCUGUCCAUUACUUCCGAACUUGCUUGAAUUAUCUCGUUUUGAAGAGCAAAGUGAGAAUAAAAAUUGAACAGGAGAAAAAGUGUGCAAUUCUGAACAUAUUUUUAUUUUCAUUUCCGAUAGUCUGAGGGAUAAGCAUUAAAUCAGCCGCAUAUUGGGCCAAAACCUGCAUUUAGGCUGCACUUGAGACGCUUAUUAAAUGACCUGCUGUAAAGGUGCAUUUUAUGAGAAAACAAACUGUUGGCACAGCCCCGUACCACCUUUCGACAGCGCAACCAUUGCGCAGCAUACGUUCCACACAGGGCAAGACAACACCGGUGGACGGAUGAACGGUGUGCAGAGCAUAGAUGUCAGAAGGUAUGUUGGGGAGAGAGAAAGUGAGAAGGCGAAAUGUAAAUAAAAUCAUAAACAAUAACAGAAUGAAGAUUAUCAAAAUGGUUCAGAUCUUUUUUGAAGCAAAAAGUACAGUUUGAAGUUGAGUAAGAGUUAGUGAAAUAAUUUGCGAAUAGUGCGAUUAGUGCGAGUAGUUUUUGAGGAAAUUGCGAUUCCAAAAUAAAUCUAGAGGUAAGGUUGAUUUGAGGUAAACGUAGACUUGUUUCUAAGAGUAUUUUGGUGAUAGGUGAAAUCGCCGUCGAUCAGACCGUAAGCCGCCAUACCCGUGGGAAAACCCAGGAUUACUGAAGAAUACUAUAAAAUGUAAGUAAAGAUAAUAGAUAUAGCUAAAAAGAACGAUAAGUAAUGUUGCAAAAUUGUUUAUUCUCCCUGUUUAAAAUAAAUGGUAAAUAUAGUUUCAAGCUGUUGCAAAGUAAAUUGCCUGCUUUGAGAAUUGGUUUUCAUUAGGGUGGUCCAUAAAGGAACACAAACCAUCAUCCGUAUUGAAAAACUCGAAGGCAGUUUUUUUCGUUCAAUUUUCAUCCAAUUGUAAUACAAAUUUAUCACUGCACUCUAUUUACUAUCAACUAUCUAGAUAAUAGUGAAAUAAAUUUCAACAGUGGCUUUGUGAAUUUGAGCGAAAAAACUGUUUUUUAAUAGUUGAUGGUUAUUUGAACCUUACCUUCUCAUUGUUUAUUUGGGUUAUCAUCAUCAUCAUCAUCAUCAUCAUCAUCAUCAUCAUCAUCAUCAUCAUCAUGGGAGGAAUUAAUUAAAGUAUUCUUGUAGAAAUCCCUGAAGAAAUCUCAGCAGAAAGCCAGCGAAGAUUUCUGGCGGGGUCCCUGAAAGAAACCUGGAAGGUAUCCUGAUAGACAUUUCUGAAAGAAUUUUUGAAGCAACCUAUGAAAGAAUCCCGGGAGAAGAAUCCAGAAUAAGAUCCUGGAGAAAUCAUAGACAGAACUUUGGACAGAAAUCCCUGGAAAAUAACCAGGAAGGAUCAAUGAAGAAUUCCCGGGAAGAAUCUCGGGAGAAAUCAAUGUACAAACUUCGGGGGGAAUAUCUGAAACAAUCCAGAGAGCAACCUUUGGUUGAGCGCUCAACGCGGACGGACGCACGGCCGUCCAACUGAGUUUGCACCGAUCAUAUGGUCGGUGACGAAGUAUGUGUCAGUCGAGCUUCAAUAUCAACAUUCUUAAAACAAUACGAGCACACUUGUUGUUCGUAGGCCGCGAGAGUGCGGGAGAUUGGCAUCUAAGAGCCGAAAGAGAGAUAAAGUUGUGAAAGACGGACCCGGUUUAGGGUGGUGCUUCGAAUCCAGUUUGACUUUCUAUUCUGCAGAGUUGUAACUUGUUCUGUAGCUCAGUUGGUUAAAGCGCCGGACUAGCGAUAACGGAGUCGUGGGUUCGAAUCCCACCAAAACAAGUGGUAAUUUUUUCACAAAUUUAUCUCUCAAUUUGCCAAUUAAACGUACUUUGCCUUCAGGAUAUCAUCUGAAUUUUUUUUGUGAUGGAAAAUGUUUUCCAUUUUUGCAGAAACCAUUUUUUGUGAAAUUUUGUUCAAAAAUGGUUUCUGCAAAAAUGAAAAACAUUUUCCACAACAAAAAAAAUCAAGAGAUACCCUGAUCCAUACUCUACAUGUGUACGAAAACCGAUUAAUUAAUAAAAAAUCAAAAACCAAAAAGUGAGGAAAUGCUUCCAGUUUCGCCUUAAGAAUUAGAGGCGUUUUUUUAUGAAAUCAGAGUUUUUGGAAUGCUGAUAGGGUAUUGGUUCCCUUAUUAAGCAUGUGGCUCCCAUUUUCAUCCUACGAAAAACAAAGGAUUGAAGCGCUGUUUGUUUUGUUUCGUAUUUUUGUAUUUUUUGUUAGAAGUGAGCACGCAUGAAAACAAAAACAACGGAAUCGAUCGGUGCCGUAAUCGCUUGUUUUCGAAUAGGAUGAACAUGGGAGCGUGAGAUUACUGAUGGCACACAUACCCUAUUAUGAGUGGAAGCAAAACUAAAAAAAAAAUCUCUCGUGGUUUUCAAUUUUUUCUUUUUUCUAAAAUUUUCAUAAUAAUUAGAGAGGCGUUAUUUAAAAAAGAGUAUUGAACCCCGACUAUUUUUUAGAGAAAAUAAUCAAUUUCUUUUGAACGGAAUGACACAGCAACAAUCUCUGCGCACGAAAGUCUACAGUUUUGAAAGCUCUCAAAGUGGUUCAUAAGUAACUUUGAUGAGAAAUUUGAAAUUGAAAACACAUUUUUUACUCAAUAUGCAUUGUAUAGUGAAACAUCGAGAGCUUAUCGUUAUCGCUCUAAGUCUGUCGUCAGGUCCUGGAUGCCAGUCGUUUCCAUAUUUUUAUUACUUUAAUUUGUUAAUUAGAGCUUUAUUAACACCCAUUAACAACCAAUCUUAUCGUACUUUGUAUUCUCAUAGCCUACAAUUGUGUCUCCCGUUACGACCUGCCAUCCAUUUUACCACGCCCAAAAGUAGUAAUAAAAUAAUGCAAAUCGUCGAAAUAUGUUACUCAGGCAGUAAACGCCCAUAUGUAAAUUACGUGGAAAUUAGGAAACAAAGCCUUAUUUAUUGUGAAUCAGUACCAUACAGCUUACCCAUUCAGUAUCAAACCGCCGAAAAGAUGCGUUGGUUUAGGAAGAAAUCGAAAUCGCCAUCGAAAACAAUAUUCAACGAAUAUUGUGCCACCAGCUCGGUGCACGGAGUGCGUUACUUCAGCGAUCCGGAGCGAACCGUGUGCGAAAAGUUUUGGUGGAUAGUGAUGUUUCUUGUGUCGGUGGGCGGCUGUGUCAUGCUGAUUGGGAGUACCUGGCAAAAGUGGAACCUAACGCCGAUAGUGGUGAACUACGAAAACCAACCGGUUUCGAUCACGGAAAUUCCGUUCCCGUCGAUUACCAUCUGUCCACCGGGAAGGAUAUCCAAGCCGAGGUACAACUUCGGCAAGGAAGCUAAUCAGAUCCAGCAAAGCGAAGCAUAUGAAAAUGCGUCGGACCACUUUCUGGCGGCAGUUCAGCUUUGCCAGCAUAUUCUCAAGCUGAGUAAACUCUAUAGCAAGGAUCUGCCGGAAAAGAAGAAUCCAUUAAGUUAUUCGUUGGUAGUAGCGAAUAUUUCUGUCCCUAUGGAAGACUACAUAGGGAAAUGCGAUUUUGAUGAAAGAAGUCAGGUGAUAUAUUACCUCCAAUACGUUAUGACAGACAUGGGUUUAUGUGUCAAUUUUAACAUGCUCCGUGAGGAUCGUAUGUUACGAGAGGAAUCAUUUCCCGUGAGUGAUCCAUAUAUGUUCCUUCGCGGCUACCCCCUCCGUUUAGGUUAUGACGAAGAUAGAAGUGUUCGGGAAAUAGAUGAGCUUUUGCGGCGAGCUAACCAACAAAUCCGAAACACCACUUCAAAUGUAACAUUGGCUAAAGAUUCUCGACACGCUCGAAAAAGAUCUGGUACUAGAAAACGUAACGAUUAUGAUGUCUGGUUCCCCGAAGAAGGAUACGUAAAAGAAUAUACGAAGGAUAUUGUACCCUAUCGUGGAUUGGGAGUUGGAAAGUACGCGGGAUGCAACUUAAUCUUAACUGGGCGCAAAAACGAUUUGAGCAAUGCAUGUGAGGAUUCGCUAAACCGAGGACACAAAGUACUGCUACAUUCUCCGGCGGAUUAUCCACAAAUGAUAAACUCGGUCGUGAUCCCAUUUGAACACGUUACUCAGAUUGCUGUCAAACCUCUCGUCGUCAAAACAAGCCCCAAGCUUCGUGGCUAUCCACCUGAAACGCGUCAAUGUUACUUCGAGGAUGAACGCUAUCUGAAGUACUUUCAAAUCUACACCCAGAACAAUUGCGAGAUCGAGUGCCUAUCGAACUACACAUAUGAGCGUUGCAAAUGUGUGAAAUUCAGCAUGGUGCGUUCCGAAGGAAUGCAGGUCUGCGAAACACGAAAUCUUGGCUGCCUUCAGCAAGCCAUGUCGGAGUUCAUCAAAGUUGAGUCCUCGUCUAGCCAAAAGUAUGCAAAUGCUGUACCCGAACUAAAUGCCCUAAAUUUCCGGGCAAAAUGUAGCUGCUUUCCAUCCUGCACUUCGUAUCAGUACGAUUUUGAAAUACUGAAACAAAGUUUCACGAGUGGAGGGAACGUCGAAGGUGUGAGAGCGUAAGUAUUAUGCAAGUCCCAUGAUCCAGUUCAUCCUUUCAUCGACCUCAUCGUUUUAGAGAUUACUUGGGAACGCUCAGCGUUUUCUUCAAGGAACCGCAGUUCUUUGCGAUGGUUCGAUCGGAGCUGUACGGAUUGACGGACUUCAUUGCCAACUGUGGAGGACUGCUGGGACUGUUCACGGGUACCAGCUUGUUGAGCUUGAUUGAAAUUGCCUACUUCUGUUUCGUUAGACCCUUGAGCAAAAGAAAGCAACACUCCAAUCGGGUCAGUGAUGUGGAAAAACCUACUCCAACUGUGGAUACGGUUUCAUCGGCUGUGAAGAAAGGCGAAGAUUUGAAUGUAUAAUUAUAACGAAUAGUAAACAAUGUGUUUCAAUAAGUUGGGAGAACAAUUUAAAAAAAAACCCUAAUUAAUCCACCUAGCGGUGAUGGCGCCUUCCUCGUGCCUUCGAAAACACAUUUUAACAAAACUCAAGUCACAUGUAGAUGAAUAUCGCACUUUCAUACGUUAAACAAAAAUCCAUUACAUGCCACCAGAAAUCAUAUCGUUUAUGUAACUUUGAUGUUUGCGCCUAUAUGUCUUAAGGACAUAUAUGAGCGAAUCCACAGAUGGCUGUCACAAUGGCUGCCUUGCAAAUACCGAAAGCACGGAUCUCGUCAUCUAAACAACAAACAGAGCUGAAGAAGCAAUGAGUAGCCUUGCACACUCGUGAUAAACAUUGAGUAGCAUUUUCGUUUUCGGGCGUUUUGUGGAUGACGAGAUCGGUGCUCUCAAAAAUGCGAGUCAAAAAUGUACCUGGACGCUCUCCCAUUUCACCAUAACAAAAAGCCGCUAUCUUGAACUUUGAGCCGCAAUUUUGGAUUUAAGUCCGCCAUCUUGACUAUUCUGGUCUUUAUUUUUAGACUCCACAUUUCUUCCCCAUACCAGAUAUACCCAUAUUGCAUGGUUUCAAAGCCCAGAACUCCAUAGAACAGCCACCAUCUGGUCACCAUUUUUUGGAGUCCACAAUUCGUCCCUAUAUCAAAUAAACCCAUAUGACACGGAUUUGGAGCUCAAAACGCCAUUAAACAGCCACCAUCUUGAAUUUGGAGCCGUCAUCUUGGUGUUUGGGCCACCAUUUUGUAUAUUGCGGUCGCCAUUUUUGACUCCAGACAUCUUCCCUAUACCAAAUAUACCCAUAUUACAUGCAGUUAGGGUCUCAAACUGCUUUAAACAGCCACCGUCUUGAAUUUGGAGCCGCCAUUUUGGAUUUUAGAUCGCCCUCUUGGAAAUUGUGGUCGUCAUUGCUUGACUCCGGAUAUCUUCCUUAUACCAAAUAUACCCAUUUUUCAUAGUUCUAGGGCCUAAACUCCAUUAA